AUGGCCGAUCCUAGAAUUCGCAGGCAAACCUACACAGCCGCAUCCCAGCCUUCCCGCGGUGCGUAUCCGCGCGGAUCUGUUCCCCCGCAGGCGCAACGUGGGGUCGGAUCCAGGGGGAUCGGAUCGGGCCGCGCAACUGCUGGCGGAAAUACGGGAUCGGGGGAAAGGCAACUCGCGGAGACCGCGGAGCAGGCGGCGGAGAGGGAACUGCGCGAGCGGAGAGAGCAGGAGCGGGCGCAGGAGGAGCGGGAGAGGGACGCGAGGGAGCGGAAGGCGCAAGCGGCGGAGCGGCUGCAGCGGGAGCAGCUGGCGGUGGUGUCGCUGGAGCGAUCUGUACAUGCUAAAGCGCGCGAUGUUGAGUCUCUUUCAGCGCAGAGCACGCAGAUGGACGAGCAGGCUUCGGCCAUUAGCGCGCGAUGUGGAGUCCCUAUCCGCGCAGAGCAUGCAGAUGGACGAGCAGGCUUCGGCCAUAAGGUAAUUUCACACGAUGUCAUGGAGUGGCUGUCCGCGCAGUUCACGCAGAGGGACAAGGAAUCCUCGGCUGUGAGGUGUGAUCUGCAGGGUUAG